AUGUUUUCUAUAGGUGCAAGCAUCACAGCCUCUCACAGCCUAGGAAGAGACAAGAAGGAAGGGAGGGGGAAAACAUUUCACCUUGUGUGCCUCUCUCAGGAAGGAAAAUUUUUCUCAGAAGCCCCGAGAGAUUUCCUCUGAUCCCAGCCAGAACUGCUCGACUGGCCAACUCUGCCUGCAAGAAGACUGAGCACCAUCACUAUGUGGACCUCUUUGAUCGGGUUCACUAAACCUCACAGGGCCGCCUUCCCCGCGUUCCAGUUAGCAACGGGCCCUCAGCGCCGCGGACACAGCGCAACCUCCGACGCCACAGAACAAUAGCUCCUCGAUGCGUCUCCGGAGAUGUCAAGGAGGAACGAACCCAGCGGCCAGGAGACUGCGCCUCACGACUGAAGAGAGGGAGGGCAUCGGUUUCUAAGUUCUCAAAACUUACAGGAUUCAAGAUGACCAACGAAGAACCUCUUCCCAAGAAGGUUCGAUUGAGUGAAACAGACUUCAAAGUUAUGGCAAGAGAUGAGUUGAUUCUAAGAUGGAAACAAUAUGAAGCAUAUGUACAAGCUUUGGAGGGCAAGUACACAGAUCUUAACUCUAAUGAUGUAACUGGCCUAAGAGAGUCUGAAGAGAAACUAAAGCAACAACAGCAGGAGUCUGCACGCAGGGAAAACAUCCUUGUAAUGCGACUAGCAACCAAGGAACAAGAGAUGCAAGAGUGUACUACUCAAAUCCAGUACCUCAAGCAAGUCCAGCAGCCGAGCGUUGCCCAACUGAGAUCAACAAUGGUAGACCCAGCGAUCAACUUGUUUUUCCUAAAAAUGAAAGGUGAACUGGAACAGACUAAAGACAAACUGGAACAAGCCCAAAAUGAACUGAGUGCCUGGAAGUUUACGCCUGAUAGCCAAACAGGGAAAAAGUUAAUGGCGAAGUGUCGAAUGCUUAUCCAGGAGAAUCAAGAGCUUGGAAGGCAGCUGUCCCAGGGACGUAUUGCACAACUUGAAGCAGAGUUGGCUUUACAGAAGAAAUACAGUGAGGAGCUUAAAAGCAGUCAGGAUGAACUGAAUGACUUCAUCAUCCAGCUUGAUGAAGAAGUAGAGGGUAUGCAGAGUACCAUUCUAGUUCUGCAGCAGCAGCUGAAGGAGACACGCCAGCAGUUGGCUCAGUACCAGCAGCAGCAGUCUCAGGCCUCUGCCCCAAGUACCAGCAGGACUACAGCUUCUGAACCUGUAGAACAGUCAGAGGCCACAAGUAAAGACUGCAGCCGUCUGACAAACGGACCAAGUAAUGGUAGCUCCUCCCGCCAGAGGACGUCUGGGUCUGGAUUUCACAGGGAGGGCAACACAACCGAAGAUGACUUUCCUUCUUCUCCAGGGAAUGGUAAUAAGUCCUCCAACAGCUCAGAGGAGAGAACUGGCAGAGGAGGUAGUGGUUACGUAAAUCAACUCAGUGCGGGGUAUGAAAGUGUAGACUCUCCCACGGGCAGUGAAAACUCUCUCACACACCAAUCAAAUGACACAGACUCCAAUCAUGACCCUCAAGAGGAGAAAGCAGUGAGUGGGAAAGGUAACCGAACUGUGGGUUCCCGCCACGUUCAGAAUGGCUUGGACUCAAGUGUAAAUGUACAGGGUUCAGUUUUGUAAUAUUUUUUCAGCAAAUUUUUAUACAGUGUCAUUUAAUUUGGGAGAGGAUACUGUCCAGAAAAUUAAUGCAUACUUUUGUCACAAUUUGCCUUUUUGUGGGUGUAUGUUUUGUUUUUUUUUUGUUGUUUUUUUCUGUUUUGUUUUUUUUUUUUGUUUUUUUUUUUGCUUCAAUACCUCUGCCCCUUUGGAAAUUGUAACAGUUAAUUACUUUGUUGCUAAAAGGACAUUUUGUGUAGGGUCAAGUUAUUUUUAUAUGAGUUAAUGUGAAAUUGUAAAUGGAAAUUUUUCCUUAAAAUAUAACACAAUGACGUCUGUAUAAAUCUAUGUCUAUGUAGAAUCUGUGCUGUGUAAGGGCAUUCUUACUCAUGCUGUUACUGUACUUAUGCACCAUUCAGACUUGUUAGAGUAGAUGUGGGUUUAUGACUGCCAAGUUUGCCCAGUACAGUAGUUUUUUAUCACUAAAAGUUGGACUCAUUGAUGGAGUCCUGUAGUAGUUUCAGUGUUAGAUACAGUUUUUUCCACCAUACAUCUGUGCAUUUUCUCUUUAGGUGACUGUUUAAGAAAUUUGUGUGCAUAGUUACUCAGUUUUUAUGAACUGUUGUAUCCUGUUAAUGCAUAUUGCUCUGUGACUCCAGUAUAUCUUACCUGUACUGACCAAACCUAAAUAAAGAUUUUUAUUGUAACUCCUUAA